UCAAUAAUGUGCCCCGGUCCGGCGACGGCGACGAGUGCACGCCGUUUACAUCGACGACCGCCGCUCAAUGUGCAUUUGUUUUGGUUCUAGUUUUCGUAUGGUGUGUGGCCAUUCUGAUUUCGGUUUGUGACUGUGAGUCUGUGCCGGCCGUUCGGAUAAGUGAUGCCCGGAAAGUUAUGAUAGGUAUCAGUCGCCGCGAGGAUGUGGGGCCGGGCGCAGCUCUUGGUGCUGCUGACCGUUCUGUGUGCGCACGGCGACGACGCCCAGGACGACAGCGAGCUGAAGGUGGGCCGCGCCAUCGACAUCUUCACCAGAUACGGCUAUCUCAGUCUCAGCGUCAAGGUGGUGCCGAGGAACGAGAGCUCGUGGAUAUUCCGCGAGCCCACCAUCGAGGUCUUCGUCGACCUGGACCGUUACGCGGUGGAGCGUAGGAUGCCGAAGCGACAGCGUCAAGUGUUCGAGGGCAACUUCCACAUGGAGUUCUGCGAGAACGCCAACCAACUGUUGCAGGCGUACUUCCGCGACUUCAGUUUCGAGGGUGUGGAGAAGCCGUGGAAGGCGUUCUCGGGCAGCUGGGCGCCGGAGACGGUGGCCCGCAACUUGGGCAUAAACUCCUCGUUUAUCCUGUCCGAUUUGUACGGUUAUGUGCUGGUGCGGUUGUCCAGACAUCGUGAGAGUGUUGAGUUGUCGAGGAUCCCGAACAAUGUUAAUUUGGCGGACGCUGUGGCGCAGGAGAUCGACGGGAUUCGGGUCGGGGAUGUUAGUAGUGUCAUCAUGUUCAUCAAAAAGUACGGGUCGCAUUUCAUACAUUCCUUCGUUACUGGAAACUCCAUUUACCAGGUAUUUGUCUACACAAAAAACCACUAUCAUCAGAUAAAAGACAGGCUGAAAACGCGGGGAGUGUCGCACAUCAACAAAGUGGACCUCAUACAGUAUUUUGGGCCGGCCUACAGCGUCCACUUGGGCAAAAUUAAAGUGGCCAGCGGCAACAAAACCGUGGAGAAAUGGGUGGAGAACAAGCUGCGAUUCAGCUACUACCUCUACACAUAUCAGAGCCUCCUCAAAGUCCACGGCGACUCCGGAUUGUUGUCCACCCUAAACAACCUUCUAAGGAACGAAGCCGUUGUGGAACUUAACAUGAAGAAUUUGGCGCCAGCGUUCAAGGACCCGGUGAAACGAGCGUGGUUCGAAGAAGUGCUCAAUAACUUCAUCAAGCUGUGGGAAGUUAAUCUGUGAACUAUAUUAGUUUAGGCUUUAAGAUCCAUUUGUAGUACAUUGUACGGAAAUGUGGAAGGAUUUCCGAGAUGCCAAAGACGUAUUCCUAUGAACAUUGUUGAUCUUGUAAGAUUAAACUCUAAGUUUAAAAAUACCAAUAUUUUUUUAUGAGUAUUGACUUUUAAAUGGUAUAUCUGUCUCGUGACCAUGAACUAAUUCGUGGUCAAACAAGAUACCUAAUUAAUGCCCAGUUAUCAAGUAACUGCAUUGUUUCACGUUAUUACUUUUGCGUGAUACAAGAUGUGAUAAAAGUUCCUAGUUACUUUGUAAUGAUACAAGUCACAAUCCACACGCAAAAGUUACAAACUCAGUGAAAACAGUUAACGACUUUUCUAUAGCAAAUGCGCAUUAAAUGCGUCUAUUAAUUGAUUAAUUUAAUUAUAGGUAUCGCAAUCCAAAUAGAAGGCUGAACAAUGUCUUACCUAUUUAAAUGUGAUGUACUUUUUGUAUGAAAUUACGACGAAUAUUUGUAUAAAUUUAUAUGUAGUUUUAAUAAAUUAUGUUUAAAAUA